CCCGGCGGGGCGGAAGCCCGAAGGAGGCGGGCACAGGGAGGCCGGAGUGCGGUGGGUGGAGGAAGUGUUGUAGUUUCGCUUCCGGUUUUGCCAGGAAUUCUCUGUUGCCCCCAGCUUGGCCCGUCGGUAGCCGAGAAAAAUGAACCGAUUCUUCGGCAAAGCGAAGCCCAAGGCGCCGCCACCCAGCUUGACGGACUGCAUCGGCACGGUUGAUAGCAGGGCAGAAUCAAUUGACAAGAAGAUUUCUAGACUUGAUUCAGAGCUAGUAAAGUAUAAAGAUCAGAUAAAAAAGAUGAGAGAAGGACCUGCAAAGAAUAUGGUAAAACAGAAAGCCUUGAGAGUGUUAAAGCAAAAGCGAAUGUAUGAACAACAACGAGACAAUCUUUCACAACAGUCUUUUAAUAUGGAACAAGCAAAUUAUACUAUCCAGUCAUUGAAAGACACCAAAACAACGGUGGAUGCUAUGAAAUUAGGUGUAAAAGAAAUGAAGAAAGCAUACAAGCAAGUCAAAAUUGACCAAAUUGAGGAUAUCCAAGACCAAUUGGAAGAUAUGAUGGAAGAUGCAAAUGAAAUCCAAGAGGCACUGAGCAGGAGUUAUGGAACUCCAGAAAUUGAUGAAGAUGAUUUAGAGGCAGAAUUGGAUGCACUGGGGGAUGAGCUCUUAGCUGAUGAAGACAGCUCUUACUUAGAUGAGGCAGCAUCUGCACCAGCAAUUCCUGAAGGUGUUCCUACUGAUGCAAAAAACAAGGAUGGUGUACUGGUGGAUGAGUUUGGAUUGCCACAGAUUCCAGCUACAUAGAGCUGUCUUUAACAGUAUGUUAUGUAUAAUAAACACAAAUUAUGGAAAACUGGGAAAUAUUUUGCCUUUACAAAGUCAUCAUAAUGAAUUUGCAUAUCCUUGUUCCUUUCCCUGAAAAAAAGUUUAGUACACUAAUUUUUUUUUCAUUUAGAGGACAGUUAUUUAAUAGGAACUUUCUUUACAUAAGAUUCUAAAAUUCUUCCAUAUUUAAAAAAAAACUUGUAAAAUUUUGGUGGUCAUAUAGGACUUCUGUUUUCAUUUAUUUGUAUUAUAUUUCUGAAAUAAUUAAAACCAAGGAUA